CUUCAAAGUCAAACAUCACUUUGACAGUUUAGCUCCUGCUCCUAUUACACUUGCGCUAGUUUAUUGUUCAUAAUGUAACGUCAAAUAUAAUUUAUUAUUAUGGUUUGUUUUAUUUCUUCACUGAGAUCGAUCGUUUAUUAAUGUACUAUGUAAUUCGACUUCAUAACUUUUCACAAACAUUAAUAGUAUCUUGAAGUUAUGGCUAAUAUGGAUUAUAAACAUUUGUUAAGGAAAUUACAAUUUCCUGCUUGCGCAAAAGAGGCACUUCCUAUCAUAGAAAAGUUAAUUUGUGGUCGCAAUGCUCCUUCCACCAAGCAAAUAGAUCUUGCAAUGGAGUUAAGUGCAGAAUUUCUAUUUUGUGAAACAGAUAUUAAGGGACAUACUGUUGAGGUUUCACUUAAAGACCAGAGUGUCAAGGAAUUGCAGUUAAUAUUUGCACUGGCAAAUUAUUUUAAAGAGUCUGGAGAUGAAACUAUUAAAAAUACUGUAUUUUUGUCAUUAUUUGGAGAGACUAUGAGUAAUAAAAGAGCACAAACCUUAUGGAAAUUAGUCAGUUUGGCUAUAUCUUUUGGAUAUUCAUCACUUCUUCUUGCUGUUGGAACUUGGAUGCAACAAUUAGGAUGUACUUCAUCUCAUAGUCUUGAUUUAUGUAAACAUUUAAUUAAAGAUUUCUUUAAGUCAUCUGAACAACAAGAUACUUUACUCAAACUUGGGCAGCUUGCUCCACGAUUUACAGCUAAUUUUAUGACAGGAGUAGCAGAGCAUUAUUUAAAAGUUGAUGCCAAAAGUGGGUUUUCUUCACCACCUCCUAUGCUUUUGGAAAUCAUUACAAACUGGGUGUGCGAAGACACAUCUUUAUGUAUGGCAGCCCAUCAAACACAAGCUGCUCUUCCAAGUGGCGGAAUUGCAAUGGCAGCAAUUACACCAUUUGCAGGUCUGUUCAAAUGGUGCAUCCUAGCACCACUUACAACGCCUGCUGCAGAGUAUGCGCAAGUUGAGCAUUUAUAUAGUAAACUUUAUUUGGGUUUGCUAAAAAAUCUAUUGGAGGUAAAGCCAAGCCCUGGACCACCAACAGCUAUGAGCGCCCAACAUUUAGCACAAGUAGUGCCCCCGAUAGCUGAAUAUAUAAAUAAAAAGCAAAUAGCUACAGCUGAAAAUCAAUUAUUAUCAGAAAGUAGUAUAUCUAAUUUUCAAGACCAGUUCAAUAAAGCUCGACAUGCCGGAGAACAAAAGAAUUUUUAUUCAGAUAGUAGCAUACAUGAUAAAAAAGCAUUAGAUCAAGAAUUCACAAAUAUGCAACAAUAUUUUGAUAAUAAACUCGAUUCUAUAUUUGGAUAUGAUAGAAAAUCAAUGUACAAUACUGAAAGUGAUCAUGAAAUGAUAAUAGAUGAAGAAGUUUUUACUCAUAGUGAAGAUAACAUAGUGACAUUAGAUUCUUUAUCCAACUUUGAUGCAAGUUUAAAUUAUGAUCGAGCAGCUAGUAUGAAAUUCAAAGAUUUAUUUUUCAAAAAAUACCAAUUUAUGCUUGAAGAAAUUAAUGAAAGAUUAGAUAACAAAUAUAAUAAAAUUUAUCUGGAUGAGAAAAUGAUAGAGGUAAAGACUGAAUUGGCAGCUGAUGAAACUUACAUUGAGGAUAAAUUAUUAGAUGUUGCACUGGAAAGGCUUGCAGAAGCUAUGCAAAUAUCAAUAGCAGUUAAAUGUAUGUAUGGUAGCAAACCAUAUUUAUUUUCACAAAUAGAAACACUGCCUCAUAAUCAGCUGUUAACAUUAAUUCUUAAGUCCUUGAGGGCCCAAUCUUUAUAAUUAUUUUUUACAGUAAAUAAAGGUUUUAU